AACUAUAUACAAUAGAUGACCAAAAAUAAUAUGCUGUAUAAUCUUUUGCUUGUAAUAGUCAUCUCCCAGCCAGGCCAUCCCACCUGCCUGUCAGUUUGUAACGCUGACCUCCAUCAAAAUGCUGAUGACCACAGGAUAUGUCUUAUGUAGAUGUUUUCAAGUUGCCUGAAACCUCCUUUGAUCUGGCAAUGAGCAGCCAACUGAAGUGUGACCCAGUGCCCCUCCUCUUUCCCACAGUGACAUCCCAGCUCCCUGCUUCCUUUCCCAGCUAAAAGGAGGAAUUUGCAAGCAGAUCUCAAGAAACUUCUUGUGAUAUUCACUAUUUUUCUGAGGAGUCAACUGGAGCGCAACAAAGAUGAACUGGAAAGAAAUCCUUUUUCUCUCUUGCCUUGCAACUUUUGUGCUCUUGGUUGUUCUUGAGGAAAGCGACAGUGCUGCUGUGGGCACCAGGAAGGCAGCUGGGGAAGAGGACAAGGAAAGUGUGAAAAAGAAGAUUUUUAUACAAGAAUCAGAUGCCUCUAACUUCUUCAAAAAGCGUGGCAAGCGAGCCAUCAAAUCCAGAGAUGAGCUCAAUGCGGAGACCCGGCAGAUGCUGAUUGCUGAUGAGCAAAGGAGGGAGUACUUUGAAGAGCAAAGGAACAAGUUUGAGAAUUUUGUCAAAGAAGAACAUAAAGAACAACAGGAGAGAAGCCGGGAACAGAUCGAACAAUGGCGUCAAUAUCACUAUGACGGUCUCUACCCAUCUUACAUGUACAACCGUCACCACAUCUAGAUGUAAGAAGUGUGAACUAAAAAAAAGUUAAAUAUUUGCUGACUAAGCCGUUCACAGGACAACGAAGAAGCAACCACAUUUCCAAAGUCUUGGCCAUGUCAUGGAUCCCACUGUGGAAUCUACUCCACCCAGUCCUCCUCCUAUAUUAUUUGCAUUGACUCUGUUUUAAUGGAUAGAGCUUCUCAUAGGGUGUUGCUUUGCUUUGUAUUUUGAGGUGCUUGUAUGUGUGACAAAAUCUGGAUUUAAAACACAAAAGUGGAACAACGCAGACAGAAUUAGGUCCUUGAGACGUGUAUAAAUCAGGAUAGUUUAGGCUGUUUAGAAUUUGUCCCAUGUAAACAGAUAAGAAUUUUUUUUUUAAAUCACUGUAUCUUGGGAAUCACUGAAAAGAAAGGUUUCAGAGUAGCAACCGUGUUAAUCUGUAUUC